GAUGUGAGAGGCUCUCAGCUGCUGUAGCAUUAGCAUGAGGAACAUGAUCACUCUAAUAAACAGCGUGCUCAGAGGCUCCAAACAUUCACCCAUGCGCGUGGCUGUCCUGCAGCUCCUAAAGGUGCAGAGCGAGUACGCAGACAUGACCUCUGACCCUGACCCUAAAAACACCACGCCUUCCGCCCACACGACCACAAACUCCGACAGUAUCACGACUGAUUGGACAGAAUCUCUGGAGUCACGUGAUCAGUUUAAGGCGGCGACUGCACUCACUGAAUCAGAAACAAAACUCAGAACCGUAACGGCGGAGGAACCGGUAGUAGAUCCGGCGCUAAACGAGAGGUUAGCCAGCGCUCCCGUAGUAAACCCGUCGUCUCCUGAGAAACACACUGAUUGGACGGAGAUUGUGAUGUCACACAGUUCCUUUAAGGCGGAGCUAAUGAUGGACCCAGUUUUAGAACCCCGAACCACACCACACCCUGCACCCCCCACCGGGGGCAGCCAGAGCGCCGAACGAACGUCGCAGCGACGUCCAGAAAACGUCCCGAGCCAGGCGGGAGAGAGCGGCGUAGCCGAGCCACAGCUAGCUGGGAGCAGGGCGGUGGUGUCGGCCAGAACGUACGUGGACUUCACCCCUCAGGCCUCCUUCGACAUCAAGAAGUGUGAUGUGCAUAAGCUGGAGGAGGGGCCCCCGGUGCAGGCGCUUCUGACCCGGGAGGAGGGGCUGCAGUACUACAGGACCAUGCAGGUGAUGAGGAGGAUGGAACUGAAAGCUGAUCAGCUCUACAAGCAGAAGAUCAUCCGGGGCUUCUGCCACCUGUACGACGGUCAGGAAGCGUGUGCGGUGGGUAUCGAGGCGGGUAUCAACCGAACAGAUCACCUGAUCACAGCCUACAGAGCCCACGGGUACACACUCACCAGAGGGGGCACGGUCCGGGAGAUCAUGGCUGAACUGACGGGUCGGCGGGGUGGUAUUGCUAAAGGAAAAGGCGGCUCUAUGCACAUGUACGCAAAGAACUUCUAUGGAGGAAAUGGAAUUGUGGGAGCUCAGGUUCCUCUUGGUGCUGGAGUCGCUCUGGCCUGCAAGUACCUGGGCAAGAACGAGCUGUGUGUCAGUCUCUAUGGUGACGGGGCGGCCAAUCAGGGUCAGAUCUUUGAGACCUAUAACAUGGCGUCUCUGUGGAAGUUACCGUGUAUCUUCAUCUGUGAGAAUAAUAAAUACGGGAUGGGAACGUCUGUGGAGAGAGCAGCAGCCAACACCGACUACUACAAACGAGGAGAUUUCAUACCAGGACUGAGGGUGGACGGUAUGGACGUCCUGUGUGUACGUGAGGCCACCAAAUUUGCGGCGGAACACUGCAGAUCAGGAAAGGGUCCCAUCCUGAUGGAGCUCCAGACCUACCGUUACCAUGGACACAGCAUGAGUGAUCCAGGCGUCAGUUACCGUACCCGUGAGGAGAUCCAGGAGGUGCGCAGUAAGAGCGACCCCAUCUCCAUGCUGAAGGACCGCAUGCUCAACAACAACAUGGCCAGUGUGGAGGAGCUGAAGGAGAUCGAUGUUGAGGUGAGGAAGGAGAUUGAAGAUGCUGCUCAGUUCGCCACCACAGACCCCGAACCCCCUCUGGAGGAUCUGUGUAACCACGUCUACUGCAACGAGCCCCCCAUCGAGGUGCGCGGCACCAGCCCCUGGGCCAAGCUCAAAUCCGUCAGCUAAACGGCUCCCAGAUACCCGAAAUAUACCGAUAAUACCCACCAUAUCAGCUCUGCACCCCGUCAAGAGAUAAAGGGCCGGAUCAGGAAGUAGUGAUGUUAGAUGUUAGCAGCUGAUGUCAUGCUAACUCAUCUGGGUUUUGGUUACAGUUACAGUUCUCAGUAAUUUUGGGAUCUUUAAAAAUGCAUUAAUUUGGUUUUUGGCUCCCACGACGUUCUCAACAUCACGGCUGUGAAACUUCAUACAGAUCUGAACAUCUCUGAUUAUAAAAUGAUUUAUUUAUGUGUAUGAAAUGUAUUUGCCAACAAAUUUGUGCCUAAUAAUAAUAAAUCAAACAAUUUAUCGAA